ACCCUCUCUCCACUCCGCGUCCUCUAAAGAUCACAGGCCGGAUGAAGCUGUCGUCUCCGGCGAAGGGUGGCGACGCGGUCGCGCCAUUGCUGCCAGAGUUUCGGCCCAUCGCGGCGUCGAAUGGCGACGGAGGCCGUGAAGCGUCUGUCCCCGGCGCAGUGUUCAACCUGGCGACGACCAUCAUUGGGGCGGGGAUCAUGUCGCUCCCGGCGGCGGUGCGGGUGCUCGGAGUCGUCCCGGCGCUCUUCCUCGUCGUCGCAGCAGCGUUCCUGGCGGACGCCUCCGCUGAGUUCCUGCUGCGGUACGCGGGGUCGGGCGGCGCUGCGCCGUUCUCGUACGCGGCCGCCAUGGGGGAGGCUUUCGGCCGCGCGGGCUCGUUGGCGCUCCACGUCUGCGUCGGACUCACCACCGCCGGGACGCUCACCGUCUACCUCGUCAUCAUAGGGGACGUUCUGUCUGGGAGUCAAUCGGAGGGGGUGGCCCACAUAGGGGUGCUGCAGGAGUGGUUUGGGGAGCGGUGGUGGAACGCCCGCGCGGUGGCGCUGCUCUUCACCGCCGUCUUCAUCAUGCUCCCGCUGGUCCUCCUCAGACGCGUCGACUCGCUCAGGUUCACGUCGGCGAUAUCGGUGCUCCUAGCCGUGGUAUUUAUGUGCAUAAGCACCGGCAUGGCUCUCUAUGCUCUCUUCCAGGGCGCCACGGAAACCCCGAGGUUGCUACCCGACUUUGGUCACAUGUCUUCCAUUUUCGAGCUCUUUACUGCCGUUCCGAUCAUUGUCGUGGCCUUCACCUUCCACUUCAACGUUCAUCCUAUCCGAGCCGAACUCAGCAAAACUUCCGAUAUGAUGGUGGCGGUCCGGAUCUCCAUAUUGCUAUGCUCAGUCAUCUAUGCGGCCAUCGGGUUCUUCGGCUAUCUUCUGUUUGGCGAGUCGACGAUGGCGGACGUCCUGUCCAACUUCGAUCGAGACACGGGUUCGCCCAUCGGCAGUCUCCUCAACGACGCGGUCCGCCUGAGCUACGUCCUGCACCUGGCGCUGGUGUUCCCCCUGCUGUUCUUCUCGCUACGGAUCAGCAUCGAUGAGCUCCUCUUACCCCGGGCCAGCCACCACGCAUCCGACACCUGCCGCUUCGUGCUCCUCACGGUGUUGUUGCUGGGGUUCAUCUAUACGGCCUCCAUACUUUUCCCGAGCAUAUGGACCUUGUUCCAGUUCUUUGGAUCGACGACCGCGGUCUGCGUCUCGCUCAUCUUCCCGGCCGCCAUCGUUCUAAGGGACGUGGAAGGGAUAUCGAAGACAAGGGAUAAAGUAGUAGCGUCGGCCAUGUUAGCUCUGGCUGUAGUUACAAGCUCCAUAGCCAUCGGCUCCAACAUCGUUAGCCACCUGGGGGGCAAUAGAGAGUAGGAAUCUGUCGGUAGGCUGGCACGAGCAGAAGCAUCAGCCAUUUCUAUCCCAUCACGUCCACUUUGUGGAAGGACGCCUUACGCUUACGGAGACAUUCCCUGGCUACGGCGGAAACGGUAGGAUUGAAAGGCUGUCGUAAAACCCUCAUCGUUACUACCACGAACAAAUGCAUUUCCUGUAUGGAUCAUUAUAGCAUCAAGGAAAUGCAUGAUUCACAGACUC